GUGUGAAUUGACGUGUUUAACUUCGUCGUGAGCGUCAGACCUGGUGUAAGUAGUUAUCAUAGUUUUAAUAUUGUUUGACGAGUGGGAAGUGAUCACAGAGAGCCAAAUUGACUACAGGUCAUGUGGCUUAUACUAGUGUUUGCGUAAGGCAAGUGCGGGUGAUCAAGUGGCCAGCUACCAAGUGGCAAGUGCGGAUGACCAAGUGGCAAGCUACCAAGUGGCAAGUGCGGGUGACCAAGUGGCAAGCUGCCAAGUGGUGUGAGUAAGCCAAGUGGCAAGCUGCCAAGUUGUGUGGGUAGCCAGGAUUAAAAUAGGCAUAAGUGAUUUCUCUCUGUUAAUUAUAGCACUAGGCAAGUGACACAAGCAUAUCUGUAUAUUCGAAUUUGUUUUACACUUAGACAAGUGUCCAUUAUCUGUAUAUUUUGCAUUCGUUAUUAUCCUUAUAAGACUUGGGCAAACCAAGUACGAUCCCAAGGAGAUCGCUCGGGUCUCGCACGUUACAUUAUUUUUUGCUAGCGCGAUUCACAGAAUUUGCCUCAAAUCCAAAUCCGUUCAUAUUGACCAUGAACAGCUAAAAAGUGAUGUUCAUUUCUUCACUAUUUAUUUGUGUGUGCGUGUUGUGUGUGUGUGUGUGUGUGCGCGCGCGUGUGUGAGGAACGAUAACUCUGGGUAGAGACCAAUCUCUAACUUAACAUAUCAAACUGUAAUGAUCAUAUCUAAGCAAAUCAAACACUUGUCUGAAUUUUAUAAACGCAGAAGCUGGUAAAUAUGAGACACCUGAGCGAAUUAAAUUCAUUCAUCCAAUAAUACUAGAAUAAUCAUGGAAUUCGUUGUUUUGUGAACUUACUGUAAGAUUUUAACCUUAACACUAAAACUUGUAAAAUCAUACUUUAUAAUGCAAUAGGUAGAAAUAAGUUUUGCCAAGAACGUUGACAGAGGUGUUGUUGCGCAGCGUAAUACGCCCUCUGGUGAGAGAUUGGGUAGAGACACACGAGAGAAGCGAGGUCAACAGGGUACCAAUUUACACAACUGCAUAAGGAACCAGUUUAGUUUGUAUACGGAAAUGACGUAAUAAAAAAAAUAGUGCACUUUGGCCACCAAUAUAUAAUGAAAAGUGAAGUUGACAGAUGAAUACCUUGAAAAACCACAAACAAAGGCGGAAAUAUAGUUUAAUUAUACAUAAUUUUUAUAUCACUUAAAGAAAAAGGGAAAAUAUUAAAAACUGCGGAGGAAUCUAUUAGCAUAGUUCCGGAAACCAUAAUACUGGAAAUGGAAAUGAGUACUUAGCUGUAUUUUCCUGUCUUAAGGGGAUAUCGAAAGUCUAUUAAGAAUCAGCAACAUAAAAAAGGAGAGAAAAAAGAAAAAAGAAUAAUCUUGCCGAUAUCUGUUAUGUAUAUUAUCUUCAAGUUCAUAUUGGUAAUAGGGCUCGUUUUGAGUUCCAAGACAGAAGGAAAUAAGUUGAAGACGGUCCAGAACAUUGGUCUGCAGAUAUCCGGUGAUGGAACACUGGAUAUAGACAAUGGAAGUGGAGUUGGUCCCACCUUUACGGAUGAUGAAGAUCUUGGGGAUGAUUUCUCUGGAGAAUUGUCAGGAUCUGGACACAUAACUACAAAAUUUCAUCUUGAUUUGUCUACAGUUCUUACCACUACUCGUUCCCUGACUGCUUGUGAACAGCUCAGAUUAUCUACAGAAAACACUACAUCAGAUGUUUAUAGACCAAAAUGCACAAUUAAUGGAGAGUAUGAGUCUCUACAGUGUCAUCAGAGAAUGUUUAACAAAGAGUGCUGGUGUGUUGACAGAUCUGGAGAUGAAAUAACGGGCUCAAAAAUGAUGCAACCAAAUGUUCCAGAUUGUAUUUCAGGAAAAGGUUUGAAGCCUUGUGUUUUCCAAUUACUUAAGAAGAAGCAAGGGCUAUUGGGAGUAUAUCACCCACGUUGUACAAUAGAUGGAGAGUUUGAGAAGAUUCAGUGUCAUGGAUCUGCUUGCUGGUGUGUUGAUGAGGUUGGUGUUGAGAGACAGGACACCAGAGUAUAUCAACCAGAGGUUCCGAAUUGUUCAGAACAUACAAAGAAAACAACAUCAGAGCUGAUAACACCUCCUUCCAUAACAGUUGAUACCACAAUGGAACCAGGGAUUUCAAAACAAAAGACAGAGUACAAAGACACUAAUAAAUACAUAACCAGAAUGGAAGAAAAUGAAGAUAGUGAAGAUUCAAUACAUGUUGUAUUUCCCGGUAUGAAUGAGGUAUCAACAACAAAAGGCCAUGACAUACACAAGGAAAAUAACGAGAACACCGGAAACCCAAGGAAAGCAGAAAGACAGGAGUCAUCUGCUAUUGUAUAUAUCAUGGGCAGGCCAGGCUUACUAGCAGCCGUGAUUGGUGGAGCAGUUGUAGCCCUUCUACUGACCAUCUUGUUGGUAAUGUUUAUUGUUUAUCGCAUGAGGAAGAAAGAUGAAGGAAGUUACCCCCUUGAUGAACAGAAGUACACAAAUUACUCAUAUAUGAAGGCACCAGACAAAGAAUUCUAUGCAUGAUGAGACAUAAGAUCAACAUCUGUUCAUCCAGUUUGAGCACAGAUUAUUUAAUUUUUGAUUUUCAUGCCAAAAUAAUUUUUUCAUUGAUAUUCCAAUUAGCAUGUGUGGACCAAUGUUCAGAGCAGAUAGUUAGUUUCUUUAUUUGUGUGUAUUUUAAGUAGUUACUAAAAACUAUCUUUGUGCCACAGUUUGCAGUAAGUGAGAUUGUUGAAAUGGAGAGAGCAGCAAUAGCAAUGAAAGAACAAGGUUCACUUUUUUGCAAAUAAUUGCCUUGUUAAUUUCCAGUUCCAACAAAUUCAUACUUUUAUUUUGUGUAUGUUGAAAAAUGGGGUAAUAUUUAAAUUUGGAAAGUCUUUUUUUUAUUUUUCUGGUAAAAAGCUGUAUUUUGACAUAUAUUUCAAAGAAUUUGAAUAUAAACACAGCCCUCAACCCAAAAGAUAAAUGAUGCAAUAUGUAACACUUGUAUUAUGAGCAGUAGAUCGCAUAUUGUGCUAUAUACAGAAUUUUAAUGGCUGUUGUACUCUCAUUUCUUGUUUAAGCCAAUUAGACUCACAUGAACUGUUCCAAUGAAGGUUUUGCACACACACACACACACACACACACCCCAUCUCUAACGACUAUCUGUCUAGUAUAAACUUUUUUCUUUCAUCCACAAAUCCAGUUUUGCCAAACUUUCCACAAAACAUCCCUUGGGUGAAGGGAAUCAAGUUUCACUUAAUGAACAAUUGAUAAAAGCAUCCUGUCCUGACCCAAGGGAAGAACAUGAAGAAAUAUACCAUUGCACCAAUAAAACCAAAACUUGUAUGAAAGUAUCCGUAUAUAAUGAAGACUAAAGUCUGUUCACACCCAUUUUCACAAGUCAAGGGUUGUUGAUUCGUUACCUCGUUAGUGCCAGGUAAUGAAUCAAUAACCCUUGACCUGUGAAAAUGGUUCACACCAUGAUUCCAAGAAUCAGGGUAGAUACAGAAUUUGAAUUUUUGAGCACUCUGCAUUAAAUUUCUGUAAAUAAUGCUUUCUGUAUUUUACUGUGAGAUCUUUAUAGAAAAGCUUCUCUCUCUCUCUCUCUCUCUCUCUCUCUCUCUCUCUCUCUCUAUAUAUAUAUAUAUAUAUAUAUAUAUAUAUACAGGGUUUGAAAUUAACUUUUUCAAGUACUAGUCUGUACAAACUAGUAAUUAUUGAUGUUAACUACUCUCCAUCCAGUAUAACAUAUAUAAUGAUCCCAGAAAUUCAUUUUAUUCAAUAGUAUUUAAUUAAACCAAACACGUCCCAGUUCAGUUUCUGACACCUACAGAAGAAAAAGACCACCAUACUUUAUUUUGCAUUUAAGAUCUCCAAUAGCAUACAGUAACCUAUGACUGAAUCACGUAACCCCUUUUAUAAAUGUCCAUGAGUGCAUUUGAGAUCGACAUUCCUGUUCUUAGAGUCACAGGAGUUUGAAAUUUUAUCAAUAAAGUCAUUAAAAUUCAAUCGAUUGACCAAGCCAUGUUCUAUGUGUUACGAACUCCUGUAUUAGAGUUGCACAUGAUGAGAACAUGUUCUCCAACCACAUUACUUACAGGGUUGGUAUGAGUUCUUUCACCUCGAACCUGUUCUUGUGAUGCAUAAGAGGCAUUUGGAAUUGGCAGAAAUUUGUACUCAUGCAAAAAACUCUAGCAAUUCUUAAACCAUGUACCUAAUUAAGAAAAUGAUAAUAAACAAUUGAAUUCUCUGAAAAUCCUAUUUAUUGGAAUAGUAGAUAUAUUGAGCAUCACCGAAAUUUUUUAAUAUUUGAUUGAUUGAUUGAUUUUUUUUUUUAAAAGCAACAUUUUCAAUUAAAAUAAAAAUAUAAUAUAUACUAGAUGACCAUUUGAUUUGACAACUUCCGGUUUGAUCUGAGGAAGUCUGUUCUCAUCCAUUAUAUAGUGUGCCCUAUGGGAGGGGGGUAUUUGUCCCAAAAGGACAGUUCUAGUGUCAUGCUAGAACUAUACAGAACUUCAAAACCUUGAGAUCUGUUUGCUCAGAAUAAAACAAGAGAACAUUAACCAAGUGAAUAAAUGUGAUCAAACACAGCCUUAUAUUCACUAACAUAAGCCAAUCAAAACCGAAGAAACUUUCCUGCACCCAUGUCUAAACAUGAAAAGUGUUCAAAAAUAAAUGACUGGCAGUUAGUAAAUGAACUUCAAAUGUUAUAAGAAGCUGAUUUUGAAACUUGUAGGGUCCUAUUAGGAUAUCACAUGUGAACCUUUUAUUUUCUUGAUACAUUCAUUGUUUUGUAAGGUUUUAAUUUGUGUCAUGUUAAAAACAUGUACUUAGUUCCUUUUUGAAUGCUUUUAAUUUUUUUAAAGGAACAUACCUUGUAUUUUUAAACAGUUACAGUUACUAAUAUUAUCCAUGUCUAAAACACUCUUAUCAUUGUGUGAGUUUGAAAUGAGUAGGAUGAUUGAAAUGGGGAAAGCAAAAAAUUUCUUGAUUUCGCAUGUUGAUUUGGCAAGAUUUUGAUUUCUUAGCAGCUAAGAAAUACCUGAAUAUAAAGAUGCACAUACAGUAGGAAUGAUAUAUGUAUUAUUGAAAUAGUUCCCUGCACCAAAGUGUGGGAGCAGCAAAAGUAUCAAUUGUCCGUCCGUCUGACCAUCAACACGCUUGCGAGACACAAUUUCAACCUACAGACUUCAUAUUCAAUCAAUAGGCCAGUGCAUAAUGGUCAGAAAAAGACACCAUACCAUUUCUUCAUUGGUUAAAGGUCCUAUGUCUACAUGCGGUAAUCAUUGAUAAAUGUGUGAACAAAGUCUUUCUUCCCACAUAUGUAAACAGAUGACUAAUGGUCAGGUUAAGACAGCUUGUUCAUAGGUAAUGAAGAAUAAUGUAUCAUUGACCUACAUUUUUGCAGUUUUAUUUAAUCCAUGGAACAAUUGAAUUCAUUAAACACCAUUAAAUAAAUAAAAAUCAAUGAAUAUGACUAACACAAUAUUGAAAUUUAAAAUUAGCAUGUAGAUUUCAUACAGAAUUUUAGAAGUGCAGAUUCAGAAAGCGAGAUGAUAUAUACAUAUAUGAAAGAUAAAAGCUUAUAUUUUAAAAGAUUGUUGAAUUGAUUGUUGUUGCAACUUUCUCUAAUAGAACAGACAUUUUAGAAUGAUGUGAAAUGAAUAGCCACUUUGGUGAGGAUUUUAGUGCAAGAUAGGGCUGUAUGGUUCAAUUAAUGAAAAUGGUUUUUUUUAUUAUUAUUAUUGUUGUCUUUUUUUAAAAUUUCUUCUUUUCAACUUCUUGACACUAAACCAUUCAACUGAAUGCAAAUGAGAGGCCUCUAUCAAACUUGUGAAACUCGUGAUCCCCUGGUUCAAAGCCCAAGAGCAUGCCUAUGUGGAUCACAAAGACAAGAAACAUUCAAUCUUUACAAUAAUUCUGAGCAUAUGCAACAAGAUUGUCUGCAUAUUGAUAAUAAACUGGUUCCUCUGCCAAUUUUAAAGUUGAAAUUUGUGAAAUUCAUGGUUGCAGUUUUACAGGAUGGGGCUAGGUAUUUAUGAGUUGCAUAGUGUAAUGAAUUUUGUAUAUCUUAGAAAAUGUCUUCUUAAAGACCCAAUUAUUUUGUCAUAUGACUCAGCACAAGUGUUAUUUACUUGAAAAUGGGAGCUAAUUUUUAUAGAAAAUGAUUGAAUGCCUUAAGAUUAGUGUCAGUUAAUGAAAUACCUAGGAAAUAAAGGUGGGGAACCUCUAAUCAGAUGACAUCAAAAUAUUUGUUGACUAUCAAAAUGAAUAUCGAAUUUGCACUCUAAUUCAAUUGCUCUAAGAAAUGUAGGGUUUAAAAGUUGAGUCUUCAACUCCUCAAGACCUACCAAACAAAUAUAGCCCCUGCAGACACAGGCACUUGAUGUUUUGAAUAUCUAUAAUGAUAAAAAUGUCUUCCUGUAAACAUAAUAUUCACGCCACCAUCUUGGUUUUCUUUCUUUUUUUACCAUAUGUUGUUUUGGUUAUGUGAUAGAUUUACUAAAUUUCCCGUGCCAGCCUGUCCCAAAACCACACAAUUGUGUCAGAAUUUUAUUGUUUGCAGGGCUGCAACUACCCUGUAUUCAGUGCCACCCCCUUUUCCCUCCGCACAAGCGUCAGGCAUUAGCAAGGGAAUUCUCAUUUAUAUAAUUAUGUCAACUGCUGUCCACCUUUCAGCGAUUUUUCACAUUCGAGAAGCAGUACUAGACCAUGUUUGACGGUUGAUUAUAGCAGAUAAAUGGACUUUAUUUCCAGUUCACCAUGAUGAUGCGAGAAGUAAGACCCUGACAGAGUUGCUUCUAAAUCGUAGGGGUCUAAUUAUCACAUAUCGAACUUUUCGCCGAAAUUUUUCAAGCGAUGCAGCUAGUAAAAAAGAAAACCAAGAUGGCGGCAGAUAUACCUUUUGAAUAUUAUGUUUACAGGAAGAUAUUUUUUUUAUUAUAGAUAUUUAAAACGUCGAGUUCCUGUGCCUGCUGUCACUCAGUCUUGAUUGAUAUCUGACCCACAACUUUGUAAUGAUUAUGAUUUGAAGCUGAUACUUGUCAUAAAUAUUGCAUUUUAUCAGAAAAUGUGCCUUUUUCUGAACCAAGGUUAUUUGGAACAUUGCUAGUGAUGGGUUAUGUAAUGGAGAAAUAUUAAAAGCAGCAGAAAUUGUUUAUGAACAGAAAGAGAGUCAUAACCUUAAAUCAAGGUCAUUUGGUCAAUGUCACUGGUUUAGAGAAAGCUUUAAACAUUUCUAUUGAGAAGAUAAGUUAAUUAUAACUAGACAGUAAACACUGUCUUUGAUAUAUAUUCAAGUCAAUAACACCAAGGCAGGGUAUUUGGUAAAAAAAAAAAUGUUAAUGGGGAGAGCAGAAGUUCAUUUAUGGUAGAAAUGAUGCUUAUGGCCUAGUUUUUUGUAGCCUUCACCAUAGAUUUUUUUUGGGGGGAUGGGGUGGGGGGGAUGUACCAAAACCAAGUUCUCUGAUAACAAAAUUAAAGAUAAAGACCACAUAAUGGAGAAAGAUGCACUCAUUGCAUUGACAACAUGGAACUCAGGGGUGUGAUUUUUCCUCUUUUCAGAGGAAAUCCUCUGAUUUGCUCAAUUUUUGAAAAAAUGAAACACUCUGGAUUUGAUCUAAAGUGGCAGAAAAUGAUAUUUUCCCAGGUAGGGUGAGGUGUUUCCCUCCCUUUUUGACCAGUUUUCCUCUGAUUUCUGAGGAAUUCAGUCACAUCCCUGGAAACUAAAGUAGACAUUUUUGUCAUUUGAUAAUCAGGUAACCGUUAAGGCCCUUUGGUCCUCUUGUUAACUGUACUGGUGGAAGAGCUUAAGCAAUAGUAAAACACCUGGCAGCCUUGAAGCUCAUUAGAAGGAAUGUGCAUGGAGACCAUUGUGAUUUCCCCUCCCCUGGCAAUGAAUAAGAUUUAUAGAUGGACUGUUUUCAAUCACCUAAUAUCCUACAUGAUUAAAAUUUUCAUGGGUAAUGCAUCUAUGGAUAUACACAAUUCUUGAUUUGGCUGUUGAGUCUGAAAUGCGUGUAUAUGUUCCUUUAUAUGUGACAUGGUUAUGUAGUUUACACAGCAGACCUAUUCUUCAGCUGUAUCUGUAUAUGUGGAUGCACAAAACCUUUCAUGAUUGGGAUGAGGCAUCUGACCUAUAUUUUCUACUGGAAGAAGGGCCUGGUUGUAGUGUUUGCAGCACUUAGUAACCAACCUUUAUAUGACUAACAUUUACAUGAAUAAUUUUCAGUAAGACCUCUUUUUUUCAAAAUUGAAAGAUAUACGCUCGUUGAAGACGAGACGUAUUAUGGUAUAGGGUCGUCUGUCUGUCUGGACCUUGUGGGCAGGAUACAGACUGAACCGUAAGCUCCAGGAUUUUACAACUUGGUAUAUAUGAUCAUUAAGAUGAGAGAAAAAUGCCUAUUGUUUUUUCAAGGUCAGAAGUCAAAGGUCAAGGUUGUAGUAUUACUUGUUAUGAAAACCAUGUUCUCAGGAUACAAACCGACCCGAAAGCUCCAGGAUAUUGUAACUUGAUAUAUUUGAUCAUCAUGAGAGGAAGAUGCCUAUUGUUUGUUUUUUUUAAGGUUAGAGGUCAAAGGUCAAGGUCACAGUAUCACUUGUAGGAAAACCUUGUGGGCAGGAUACAAACUGAACCGUAAGCUCCGGGAUAUUGCAACUUAAUGCAUUUGAUCACCAUGAUGAGAGGAAGAUGCCUAUUUUUUUCAUGGCCAAGUUUGCAGUAUCACUUAAUAGGAAAACCUUUCAGGCAGUAUACAGAGCAAACUGUUGGGGAUAGGACCAUCAAACUUGGUACACAUACAUUUAUGCCAAGUGGAGGAUGCCUAUUAUUUCUCAAGGUCAAGGUCAUAGUAGCAGGAUACAGACCGAAUUCUUGGGGCUUGGACCAUCAAACUUUGUACACAUACAUCUUAUGUCAAGUGAAUAUAUUACAUAGAGAGUACAUGAUUUGUCUGAUUUUACAAUGCAAAGAAAGUAUGUCACACCCUGGUGAUUGCUGAUACUACUUAAAGCCAAGUUCUACAAAUCAUGUUGUAAGAAAAACACCAUAUAUUUAGCUUUUCACGGGCAUAUUAUGUACAGUUGGUGGUACUUUUGUUCCUAUUGCAAUUGAUCAUUUCAUUCUGUGAGGCCGACUUGUACAUUACUGCUUUUCUUCAAAAAGAGCUAGAUGCAACAAAAGCCAAUUAUUUUGCCAGUGCCCUUGUUGAGCUUUUUUGAUAAAUUUUUCUUCAACCAUUGUCAUAAACUUUUCACAUUUACAACUUUUCCAACUCUACUUGGCCAAUUUCAAGCAAAUUUGGCACAAAUCUUUAGGUAACAGGGAUUCAUGUUUCUUCAGAUGAAAAGUCGUGCUCUUUCCAAAGAGACUGACAAGUAGGAAAUAGGAUGGAGUGUUUAUGAAAUAUAUUUCUUGUAAACAAUUGAAUGAGUAAAGCCUAAUUUUACUCGAGGCUCUCAUACGGUAUAGAUUCUAGUUUGUUCAAACCAUGACCCCAGGAUAAAGGCUGUAAUAGGGAUUCGAGUUUUACACGGAAAUAUACAGGAAAAUCUUCUCAAAAACCACAAGGGUACAAUUUGUGCAAACAUUCUCGUGUAAUGUAGAUUAAUGUUUGUUCAAUUUGUGAACCUAGGGCCACAAAAGGGAUUAAAGUUUUAAAUAGCAAUAUGGGAAAAUCUCCAUAAGAAAGUCCAUGAAAGUCAUGAAGGCAAAACUAGUCUGAUAUAGAGUGAAAACAUCCUCCUUUAAUGUAGUUUGUUCACAUCAUGAAUCUUAUAAUGCCAUUGGGCACAAUAGGGAUUUAAAGUUUUGUGUUGGAAAAUAUAAGGAAACAUAUCUUGAAACUUCCUCUCAAGAACAACAAAAGAUCAUGCAGUGUAAAUUUUGACCUCCAGAGUCAGGAUGGGGAUACAUAAGAGAUUCAAAGUAAAAAUACAAUGUUCAAAUUUUCAAAUAAAAAUAUAACAGUGAUAAAGGUUUUUGUGUGAAUUUGAUAUGGAAGUAGUGUAGAUUCGCAUUGAUCAUGUCACGAUUUAUGGAGCCAAGGUGAGAGUACAAUAUGUGUUAAAAGUUCUACAUUGAAAAAAGAAACUUAAUUUUUUCUCUCAAGAAAAACAAGGGUACAUUAAGGAUGUAAUAAAAAUGUUUUUCAAACCUUGACCCCUGCAGUCAGAAUUAGGCUGCUAUAGAAGAAUAGUGGAAGAUAAAUCUUGAGAACAACAGUACAAUUGAACAAUUUAAUAUUCAAGCAUCUUCCUAUAGGAUAGAAUUUUAAAGUUUGUUGACAUCCCUCUCCCCCAGGCCACACUAGAGGUUCAAUGUUUUAUAUAGAUUUUUAAAGUCUUCUUUUGAAGAACUGGGGGGGGGGGGGGGGGUAUACAGUCUUGUAAUAUUGAAAUGUUCUAAUGUGUGAUGGAUUUAAUUUUCUUCAUUCCAUGACCCUUGGGUUUGAGAAGGUUGACGAUAGGGUUUAAAGAUUUACACUCUUGAGUGUCCCUAACAUGUAGGAGUUUUUAUCCCUGUAUGAACAAGGUGACUUGUAUCAGUGCUCUGGUCCAUGGACCUCUAUUUUGAUUUCUCUUAAUUUCAGUGAUUUCCUUUUUGAAAAUAUAUGAUACAUGUAUCACAAUAUUGAUGAAUUUUUACACUUUCCUAGAUUUUUUUUUUCAAAAUCUCAAUAUUUCAGGUAGUAAUUCCUAGAUAUCACGGCCGCAUGCAUUGACCAACAUUUCAUGUAUUUAUAUUUCCACCGACAUUUUUUAUUGUGUAACAGUAAUUUGAUAGCAAUUUUUAUACAUCAUGGUUUGUAAAUACAACCAAAAAAAAUAAUUUCAAAAAUGAUUUUUUUUACUGGCUAUAAAUGUUAAUACAUGUACAAUUGCUUAUAUGCUAUUCAAACAAUGUGCAGAAGUUGUUGAAAACAUUUGUGGUUUGUUUAUUAUUUUUAUGAUCAAUAUACAUAUGCAUCACUUUUGUAAAUUUUACUUACUUGUCAAUAAAUAAAUUAUAAUCUCUAUA